AUGAAGCUCUUCAAUGUUGAGGGUGACACUUCGAUGCAGGCAAAGAAUGCCAACUUUUACACCAAUCACGAGGCCGAGUGCCUGUUCCGGAUUCAACUGCUAGAGGGUCGGGAAGAGCAGGCCGUCGAGUACACAGGACAGGCGUGGGACGAGGAAAAGUACCCAUGGCAGCAGAGACGGUCGCCAAGCUUGUCAUUCCACGUCAAAAUAUUUUUUUACUUUGAAAGGAAGCCGUUCUGGGAGGUUUACAUGCGGGCUGAUCCCUGGCACGGACUGAAGAGCUUGCAGUCGCUAGGGAGUCCGAACAGGCUCAUGCGUGUUGUCUAUGCCGCCAGAAGCAAAUUGCGCCGUGAGUUGAAUGGAGUCAAGAAAGUCAACGUCUCGAACGUCGAUGAGAUACCAAACUGA